CUGUCACAAGUACGUUGAGAUCCCGGGCCCACACAGUUACGCCUCACCCUCGUGUCUGUAUUUUUCAAUUUUUUUUUUUUGUUUUAAAUUCCCAUUUGCUGGCUCACUCUUUCCAGUUCAGAAACUCCACUCACUCUCUCAAUCUCGAGUUUUUCCCGUAGUGUACAGCUAAGAUGCCUGAGUCUGAAUUUGAAAUGGAGAAAGAAAAUCUAUCUGUUCUGGUUCCACAUGGAUUGAACUAUGAUGAUGGAAUGAAUUUUGCAUUAGAAAAGGAACUGGAAAUGACCAGAGCAAAGCUAAUGGCUUCAGAACAAGAGGUCACAAAGUUAAAGGCUAACCUGUCCGAAGUGAUAUCUGAAAACGCUCAUCGGUUAAGGCAUUUACAGACCCAAGCUUCUGAGCAGAGACUUGAACUGUCAAAUUCAUCUUCUACUAUCAGCUUUUUAGAGAAGGAGCUAGAUAUGACUAAGCAGGAACUUGAGAGAUCAGAAGAGGAGAAUUACAUGUUAAAGGCGCAACUUGAUUCUGUCAAAAGCCAUGCUUGGGAACUUGAGAGAUCAGAGGAAGAGAAUUACAAGUUAAAAGCUCAACUUGAUUCUGUCAAAAGCCAUGCUUUAGAACUAGAGGAAAAAUACAGUUCCGAUAUAAGGAAAGUUUAUUCUGAGAAGGAAAAGCUCCAAUCUGACAUAUCUAGUUUGUUCGAAAAGCUAACCUUAAUACAGGUGAAGAAGGAAGAACUAGAGAUGGGAAACAAAGCAUUAGAAGAAGAGCUCAUUCUUUGCAAAGUAGAAGAUGUGUGCUUGCAAGCAGACCGUAAAUGCUUGGAAAAUGAACUUGAUGCCCUCAAACUGAAUUUAGACACGCUAAUGACUGAAAGAUGUGAGAUGAACACAGCACUCUCAUCCAGAAAUGGACAAAUUCAAGAACUGCAGUCCACAUGUUCAGAUCUAAAUGCUGUAAUAGAUGAACUGAGAUUGAGAGUGAAAGAGUUGGAAGGAGAAGUAGAUAAGCAGAUCGGUGUGAUAUCAGAGAGGGAAGAAGAGAAGAGGGGGGUGAUAAGGCAACUUUGCUUCUCACUUGAGCAUUACAGAAAUGAAUAUCAGGAGUUGCUGCGUGAGGCAAGUGUUGAGAAAAAAAGGGGCAAUGAUCAUUGUUCCUUUAUGUGUUUUCCUUGAUAUUGUGUUGGGUUACCAGCAUUUGGAUAUAUGAUUGCCAUUUGUUGUAUUUCUUGUUUUUUUUUUCUCUCAGCGGAGUUAUAAACCAUUAUUAGUUUAAAGGUUUGCUGAUGUGUAACCCAGUGACUUAAGUUAUCAUAUAUUCUUUCUAUUCAAAAUACUAUAUGCCUGUUUUAUUACUCAUUUCAAACUAGGGGUGAUUGAAUUUAAUUCAAAAAACUGAUUUUGGUGUUUGCAC